AUGGAGACCCGUGGACGAGCCAUGUACGACGUGCUAACGAAGAGGACGACUUGUGGAGAAGACACGCGAACCAGGAUCUUACGAUCUCAGGGAGGAGACCGACAGUACCAUGGUAUGGCAAGGACGAUCGCCGACGCUAAGGACAAUGUGGAUGAUCGAGCAUCAACCAUCGUGCCGCCGACAGCGACUCGACCUGCUCGAAAACGCCGACCGCCCAGUCAACUGCAAGCAGAUCCGAAGAUGAAGACGCACGCGAUGCGUUCAUCUUAG